GCGGCAGGAUGAAAAGGCUCCACUGAAUCUCAGCAUGACCUCAUCAGCCGCCGCCCUUUUCCUUGCCCACCACUAUCAUCUGCACAACUCGUUUAGGAUUGGACACUUACAAAUCCAGGUAACCCUCUUACCCUGCGUCCUGCUGCUCCUCUGUACUGUGAUUGGUCAACGAGUGGGUUUGGUGAGUGCGUCCCACCAGCAUGUCCAGCCCCACUCCAUCAAGAUCUCUGGUGACAUCACGUUGGGUGGCCUGUUCCCCAUCCACGCCCGCGGGCCCCACGGUCUGCCGUGCGGUGAACUGAAGAAGGAGAAAGGGAUCCACCGCAUGGAAGCCAUGAUGUACGCCCUAGACCAGAUCAACAGCGACCCCUACUUGCUGCCUAACAUCACACUCGGUGCUCGGAUUCUGGACACCUGCUCCAGAGACACUUACGCUCUUGAACAGUCACUCACGUUUGUGCAGGCACUCAUCCAGAAGGACACGUCGGACAUUCGCUGUUCCAAUGGAGAGCCGCCGCUCAUCAGGAAGCCUGAGCGCGUUGUGGGUGUGAUUGGAGCCUCCGCCAGCUCCGUCUCCAUCAUGGUGGCCAACAUCCUCCGUCUCUUUGAGCCUCUGUUUGUCUCCCGUCACCUCUGUUUGGCUCCCAUGGCCUCUGUUUGGUCCUCUUCACCUCUGUUUGUUCCCCAUCACCUCUGUUUGGUCCCCAUCACCUUUCUUUGUCUCCCAUCGCCUCUGCUUGGAAGUGCUGGCACCAACGUUUUGUUCAAUGAGAACGGCGACGCUCCUGGUCGCUACGACAUCUUCCAGUUCCAAAUGACCAAUCACAGCCAUCCUGGCUACCACGUCAUCGGCCAGUGGACCAAUAACCUGCGACUGGAUCUGGAGGAGAUGCAGUGGUCUGGAGGCCAGAAAUCCAUUCCGGACUCUGUCUGUAGUUUUUCCUGUAAACCAGGAGAGAGGAAGAAGAUGGUGAAAGGCGUCCCCUGCUGCUGGCACUGUGAGCUCUGUGAUGGUUAUCAGUUCCAGUUGGACGAGUUUAACUGUGAGAUGUGUCCAUCAGACAUGCGCCCCACGCUCAACCGAACGGCGUGCCGCCCCACACCCAUCAUCAAACUGGAGUGGAACUCGCCCUGGGCCUUGGUGCCCACCACCAUCGCCAUGCUUGGUAUCCUAGCAACGAGCGCAGUGGUGAUCACCUUCAUCCGCUUUAAUGACACGCCCAUCGUUAGAGCGUCGGGCAGAGAGCUCAGCUACGUACUACUGACAGGAAUCUUUUUGAUCUACCUGAUCACCUUCCUGAUGAUGGCUGAGCCUGGUGUGGUGAUCUGUGCAUUCCGGCGCCUCCUGCUGGGACUCGGCAUGGCCAUUACCUACUCCGCCAUGCUCACCAAAACCAACCGUAUCUACCGCAUCUUUGAGCAGGGGAAGAGGUCUGUGACUCCGCCCAAAUUCAUCAGUCCCACCUCCCAGCUGGCCAUCACCUUCAUCCUGAUCUCUGUCCAGGUCCUCGGCGUCUUUGUGUGGUUCGCCGUCGUGCCGCCUCACACCAUCAUUGACUACGAUGAGCUCCGCCCUCCAAACCCUGACCUCGCUCGAGGAAUCUUGAAAUGCGACAUGUCUGACCUGUCGCUCAUCUGCUGCCUCAGCUACAGCAUCGUCCUGAUGGUAACCUGCACGGUGUACGCAGUGAAGAGUCGUGGUGUCCCAGAGACGUUUAACGAAGCCAAGCCGAUUGGGUUCACCAUGUACACGACCUGCAUCAUCUGGCUCGCUUUUGUACCAAUCUUCUUUGGUACUGCGCAGUCAACUGAAAAGAUGUUCAUCCAGACGACCACACUCACUGUGUCCAUGUCUCUGAGCGCGUCCGUCUCUCUCGGGAUGCUCUACAUGCUGAAGGUCUACGUCAUCAUCUUCCAUCCGGAGCAGAAUGUCCAGAAGAGGAAGAGAAGCUUUAAGGCUAUGGUCCAGGGCACCACCAGAAUGUCACAGAAAUCCUUCAGUGAGAAGCAGAAUGGAGAGAUGAAGAUCGAACCCGACAGAUCGCAGUAAUACUGCAAACUGCAGGUAGCUGUUUGACCAAUCCUCAUCCUGGAACACGAUGACAUCAUCAUGAAGACACACGUCAAUUAACACCCC